GAUGCCACGAUUUGCAUUUGAGUCAAUCUAUUAAUUUACAGUAAAUCAUCAUUAACCCAAAGAUCUAACAUUGUAAGUCUAUUUCUUCAAAAUGAACAUUUCAGUGAUUGUAUUUCAAUUUACUUUACUGUUAUCAGUCCAUUUAUUAGGGGCUCAAUUUUCAAUACCUUCAAUAACUUCAGAAAUAACUAAAUGGCGUGAUGUCAGGAUUGAAUUUUUUAACAAAUUUUUAAAUUCGAUCCCGAUCCCAGAAAAAGCUUCGAAGCAAGUGUUACUGCGAAAAGUAUCUGGAAAAGCUUUCAACUCUGAACUGAUUGACGCUGCAAGUCAGUUUGAGACAAUAAUUGCUUCACCACUUGGACCAAUUGCGUCUCCUUACUCACUUGACUUUGAUCUACCAUCCAACAAGAACAAUACCUAUGAUUAUGUGAUUGUUGGAGCUGGAGCUGCUGGUUCAACAGUAGCUGCUCGAUUAACAGAAGACCCUAGUGUUCGUGUCUUAGUUAUUGAAGCUGGUGGAAAGGAGAAUAACUUUAACAACAUUCCUCUAUUUGCUUUGUUACAACAGAAAACUCCAAUCGACUGGGGAUAUUAUUCUACACCUCAAACUCGAUCAGCUCAGGGUUUGAAUGAUGAUCAGAUUCCAGCGUCUCGAGGUAAAGUCGUCGGUGGCUCUACCUCUAUUAACUUCAUGUUGUAUGUUAGAGGCAAUCCAUCAGAUUAUGAUAAAUGGCAAGAAUUAGGUGCCACAGGUUGGAAUUACUCAGCUAUGGCUCCUUACUUCGUCAAAAUGGAAGAUUCAAGAGACUCGAAGAGUGACCCUGGCUACCAUGGUACUAAGGGUCCAAUGACAAUCUCAGAGCUAAACGAUCCUUUCGAAGCAGAUACAGCUCUCUUAGAAGGAGCCCGUGAAUAUGGUCUAAACAUUGGCGACUACAACGGUGCAGAUCAAAUGCGGUUCCAAUAUGGCUCGCAUUACAUUCGAGAUGGUAAGCGAUGUUCAACUGGUCGUGCUUACCUAGGACCUGCUUCUUCGCGUCCAAAUCUGGAUAUCUUUUUGUAUUCACGAGUUAAUAAAGUUAUAUUUGAUGGAAAGCGAGCGAUUGGAGUUGAGUUUACAAACAGUGAAAAAGAUUAUCAAGUCUUUGCUCGAACAAAAGUGAUCAUCUGUGCUGGUGGAAUCGCAACACCACAACUAUUGAUGUUAUCAGGCAUCGGACCGAGAGAUCAGUUGGAAAAAUUUAAUAUUUCAAUAGUUCAUGAGUCUCCAGGAGUCGGAAAUAACUUACAAGAUCAUAUAUUCACGAUUCUUUUCUUCAGGACUAAUUAUGGGACAAGUUUCGUACCCGACCGAAUCGAUGCUGCAAAAAGUUUU